AUGUCUGAAAAAGUUGACCUAGAAAGAGCAAAAGAUUUGUUUGGCUAUUUACACGAAGUAGUAUCACAAGCAGAAACUAGUCUUUCCAACAAACUACGUGAUGAUGAUGAUGAUUCGAAUAAUAUUCAACUAAUCCCAACCGAUGAAGAACUCAAUCGUUUAAUCACAAAAAACUUGUGGACUCUAAUCAAAUCUUAUGGUGUUCAUAUAAUUCAAUUAUUGGCACGUUUAUUGAAACUAAUUCCAACAAUCUUGUUGACAAUCGAAGGAGGAGCAGCCAACCCACAAAUAAUUGUUGGUUUGGUUAGAUCAGUUUUCGAACUUAUUGGAAUUUCACUUACAUUGACUGUUAAUGAUGGAAAGGCAGUGUUUCUCUUGUUUAGAAUUGCUAAACGGGCAUUACAAUUGAUUUUGAAACCAUUGAUGAAGGUAGUUUCUAAUAACAAGUUACCUAGUAGAGAGAGAGAAGAAAUUACUACAUUGAUUAGAGCUGCUCAACCGCUUGUGGAAUCUGAAAAACCAAACCAAAAACAAGCCCUCAAGUUAUUGGAAACUGCUCGUGCAGUAGAAAGUCAAUCAGAAGAAGAUGAAGCAGGUGACAGUAGUGAUAGCGAUGAUGAAGAUUUCAAUGUUCCAUCUAGAAGAAGAAGAUUCCACUCAUCCUCCUUGGACAAUAGAGCCAUGUACAGGAGAAGAAAUCAACCUAUUUAUCCAAGCUAUAAGAAACCGAGAAUGAAAUGGUGGAAAAUUGUGUUAAUUGUCUUAUUUACAAUGAUCGUUAUUAGUGGAAUAUUUACAUUUUUAAAAAUAAAUAAAUAUUUGUAA